ACAUAGAUCUUUUGUAGAGAGCUUAUAGAUAAAUAUUGCGGGUGCCCUAAUCACUUUGAUUUGGUCUGAGAAGACAGUAUGCAAUAAUGGCUUCGUCAGUAGCACUCGUGCUAAUGAAGGCUUCCCUCCCGCGGCGGCAGCGCAUGGACCGACCUCGCCGUUCUCCCGCGGCGGUUCAGCUUGUCGCCGGCGUUGAUGCAGCCGACGACAUGUUUGGCUCCCUCGCAGGUUGUCCUCCUCGGCCGCUGGAGUAUCCCGUGGUGCCAGACUUGGACGACUACGACGUCGAUGACGCUCCGGUGGCUGGACGACCCGCACCCGCCUCGGACAAGACGCUGGCGGUGCACGCCGGGGAGAAGCUCGGGAGCGGCGCCGCCGCCGCGGAGACGGACUCGAUCGCGACGCCGAUCGUGGGCGGCACGACGCACUGGUUCAGGGACUCGGCCGACCUCAUCGCCUUCCGGGAAGGCCGGCGGCGGAGCUUCGAGUACGGGCGGUACGGCAACCCGACGGUGAAGGUGCUGGAGGAGAAGAUCAGCGCGCUGGAGAGGGCGGAGGCGACGCUGGUGACCUCCUCCGGUAUGAACGCCAUCGUCGCCACGCUGCUCGCCCUCGUCCCUCCCGGCGGCCACGUCGUCGCCACCGCCGACUGCUACAGCGAGGCCCGCGCAUUCAUCCGCGACAAGCUCUCCAACAUGGGCAUCACGUCGACGUUCGUGGAUCUUGACGACGACAUGGAGGCUCUGGAAUCCGUUCUUGAUGAGGGCGAGGUGACGAUGUUCUACGCCGACUCGAUGACGAACCCUCACCUGAAGGUCGUCGACGUGACACGCGUCGCGGAGCUGUGCCACCGGAGAGGCGCGCUGGUGUGCAUCGACAGCACGCUGGCGUCGCCCAUCAACCAGAAGCCGCUCGCCCUCGGCGCCGACGUGGUCCUCCACUCCGCCACCAAGUACAUCGCCGGCCACCACGACGUCAUCGCCGGCUGCGUCAGCGGCUCGGAGGCCCUCGUCUCGCGGAUCCGCACGUGGCACCACGACCUCGGCGGCGCCAUCAGUCCGAAUGCGGCGUACAUGAUCAUUCGGGGAUUGAAGACGUUGGCGCUGCGGGUGCAGGCGCAGAACAGGACGGCGCUGCGGAUGGCGCAGCUGCUGGAGAAGCACCCCAAGAUCGAGCGCGUCUACUACCCUGGGCUGGAGAGCAGCCCGUGGCACGGCGUAGCGACGAGGCAGAUGGCUGGUGCAGGCGGCGUGGUCGGCUUGGAGGUGGCGUCGGACAUGCGCGGCGCGAUGAGGUUCGUGGACGCGCUGGAGUUGCCGCUCAUCGCGACGUCGCUCGGCGGCUGCGAGAGCCUUGUCCAGCAGCCCGCAAUCAUGUCCUACUGGGGUAAGUGCGACGAGGAGAAGGCAAAGAAUGGGAUCAAGGACAACUUUGUGAGGUUCAGUUUUGGGAUCGAGAAGUUUGAGGAUCUCAGGGAUGACAUACUCCAAGCCUUAGGGAAGAUUUAA